GCUUGGCGUAGGCGAUGUCAAUGGGCAGCUCGCGCGAUCCAUCCAUCCCUGCUUGCCUUGCCCUAGGCCUAGGUGUAAGGGGAGGGGGGGGUCCUGUUUUUAGGGUUGCGCAGGAAUGCGGGGGCGAGCUGCAAGGGCAGGGCGGACACUUCUCGGUAGCUGAGACCGGCGGGCUGCCCAGUUUCAUGUCUCAGAAGCGCAGGCUGGUCAGCCUCAGCAGCAGCAAUACCCCUGGCGGCUGUGCGAGUGGCGGCGGCGGCGGCGGCGACUCCCCCUCCACCAUCAUCAUGUCCGCCACCAAGAAGCCCAAGUCACUCGAGUCUGCCGCCAUGGACAAGAAUGGGGUGGAAGGCUUGAGCUCGGAGCAGGGCAUGGUUGUGGAUGUCAAGGCGACGGGCCACGGGCUGAGCGUGGCCAGCCCCGUCACCGCAGUCGGCCUCGCCGGCGGAAGCAACAGCACCGGGACAACGGCCAAUCUCAGCCGCAAGAAGGCAACGCCGCCCCAGCCGACCAAGAAGCUGGUCAUCAAGCCCUUCAAAGACAAGCCCAAGCUGCCGGCCAACUUUGAAGACGCUACCUGGGACAAGAUUAGAGCCGCCGUGAGCGCCAUCCACGUAAAGCAGCCCGUCUCUUGUAGUCUCGAGCAGCUCUAUCAGAACGUGGAAGAUCUGUGCUUGCACAAGCUUUCGGGAAACCUGUACCAGCGUCUGCAACAAGAAUGUGAAACGCACAUUUCCGCCAAGCUGAAUGCUUUGGUCGGCCAGAGCCCUGAUCCCGUCGUCUUUCUCUCCCAUGUGGAAAGAUGCUGGCAGGAUCACUGCGACCAAAUGCUCAUGAUAAGGAGCAUUGCGCUCUACCUUGACCGCACCUACGUCAUACAAAACUCCAGCGUGCGCUCACUCUGGGACAUGGGCUUGCAGCUCUUUCGGAAGCAUCUCACGUCUUGUCCGGAGGUUGAGCACAAGACAGUUACUGGGAUACUGAGGCUCAUUGAGAAGGAAAGGACGGGGGAAACUGUUGAUCGCACACUUCUUAAGCAUCUCUUGAGAAUGUUUAGUGCGCUUGGAACAUACAGUGAAAGCUUUGAGAAACCAUUUAUCGACUGCACGGCUGAGUUUUACGCGGCUGAAGGAACACGAUACAUGCAACAGACUGAUGUGCCUGACUACCUUAGGCACGUAGAGGCCAGGUUGCACGAAGAGAACGAGAGAUGCUUGCUUUAUCUGGACGCCAACACUCGUAAGCACUUGAUAUCUACCUCAGAGAAGCAGUUGCUUGAGCGCCAUUCUCCCACCAUUUUGGAUAAGGGUUUUGGAAUGCUUAUGGACGCAAAUCGUGUCGCGGACCUUCACCGUAUGUACCUUUUACUUGCCAGAGUCGGUGCACUGGAGUCUCUAAAGCAAGCCCUUAGUGCGUACAUCAAGGCAACUGGUCAUAGCAUUAUCGUGGACGAGGAGAAGGACAAGGACAUGGUUUCUACGCUGCUGGAUUUCAAGGCCCGGCUUGAUAUGAUCUGGGAGGAAAGCUUUUCGAAGAACGAACCGUUUGCAAACACAAUCAAAGAGGCGUUUGAGCAUCUUAUAAAUUUGAGACAGAACCGACCUGCGGAGCUCAUUGCUAAAUUUAUAGAUGGGAAGCUAAGAGCUGGGAACAAAGGAACGUCUGAAGAAGAACUCGAGAGUAUGCUUGACAAAGUUUUGGUCCUUUUCAGAUACAUUCAAGGUAAGGAUGUCUUUGAAGCAUUUUACAAAAAGGAUCUGGCAAAACGCUUGCUAUUGGGCAAAAGCGCAUCUAUCGAUGCUGAAAAGUCCAUGAUUUCGAAGCUAAAAACUGAGUGUGGUAGUCAAUUUACAAAUAAACUCGAAGGAAUGUUCAAGGACAUUGAACUUUCAAGGGAAAUAAACGAGUCCUUUAAGCAAUCCUCACAAGCCAGGACAAAGCUACCAGCUGGAAUUGAGAUGAAUGUGCAUGUGUUGACCACUGGGUAUUGGCCUACGUACCCGCCUAUGGAUAUUCGUCUUCCUCAUGAACUCAAUGUCUAUCAGGACAUAUUCAAGCAAUUUUACUUGAGCAAGCACAGUGGCAGGCGGCUGAUGUGGCAGAAUUCUUUGGGUCAUUGUGUUUUGAAAGCCGAGUUUCCCAAGGGUAAGAGGGAACUAUCUGUUUCACUAUUUCAGACGGUGGUACUUAUGCUUUUCAACGAUUCAUUAAGGCUUAGCUUUCAAGACAUAAAGGACUCAACGGGUAUUGAAGACAAAGAGCUCCGCAGGACUCUGCAGUCCUUGGCUUGCGGCAAGGUUCGAAUUUUGCAAAAGCAACCCAAAGGGAGAGAGGUGGAGGACGACGACGUGUUUACGUUCAAUGAGGACUUCACGGCUCCUUUGUUCCGGAUCAAGGUGAAUGCAAUACAGCUGAAAGAGACGGUUGAAGAGAAUGCAAGUACCACAGAGAGAGUAUUCCAGGAUCGGCAGUAUCAGAUUGAUGCGGCCAUUGUAAGAAUUAUGAAGACUAGGAAGGUCCUGAGCCACACGUUACUGAUAACGGAGCUGUUCCAACAGCUCAAGUUCCCUAUAAAGCCAGCGGACUUGAAGAAACGUAUCGAGAGCCUGAUCGACCGCGAGUACUUGGAGCGAGACAAGAACAACCCUCAGGUAUACAAUUAUCUCGCAUGAAUGCCAUGGCGACCACGCAUUUGUA